CUUUGUUACAUUCUGAAAAUUCCAAUCUCUCACUCAUUAGUUCGCUGUUGUUGAGAUCUGUAUCAUAUCAUGGCUGAAGCACUUGUGGUUGGAGCUUUAGUUAAUGGCUUGGCCAACGUUGUUCUUGACAGGCUCAUUUCAUCUGAGUUUCUCAACUUGGUUGUGGGCAAGAAACUGGAUCGGAAGUUGGUUGAGAAGCUGAAGACUGCUAUCUUGGCGGCCAAAGCUCUGGCUGCUGACGCUGAGCAGAAGCAGUUUGGAAACGAACUCGUGAGGGAGUGGCUUGAUAGUCUCAAAGAUGCUCUCUACACUGCUGAUGACUUGCUGGACCGUGUCUUCAUCAAAGCUCAAAUUCGCAACAAGGUACGCAUUCGUCUUCCUCACUUCCUUGAUCUGUCUGGUAGGAAGAUGGUGACUAAGAUAGAAGAGGUGGUUGAAAGAAUAGAAGAUCUUGAGAGACGCAAAGAUACCCUUGGUCUGAGAGAGAUUCAAACAGGAAGCUCUUCAUGGAGACCUCCAUCCACUUCUCUUGUGAAGGGGAAUGUGUUCGGCAGGGAUACUGACCAACAGGCACUAAUCAAGAUGCUCAAUGACAACAAUCAUCAUAACUUGUCUGUCAUCUCUAUUGUUGGUAUGGGCGGGGUUGGUAAAACUACUUUAGCGCAAUGGCUGUACAACAAUGAGGCUUUGAUGGAGGAGUUUGAUCUGAAAGCAUGGAUUUGUGUUUCUGAAAAUUUUGAUGUUGUUGAGACUACAAAGAAUGUUAUAAAGGGGAUCUCUUCAGGUGUUUGUAGUCUUGACGGCUUUGAUUUACUUCAACAAUAUUUGAAGGAAAAACUGUCAGAAAAGAAGUUCUUCAUUGUUUUGGACGAUGUUUGGAGUGAAGAUGCUGACAAGUGGAAUAGUUUUAUCACCCCUUUUCAACAUGGGAGAAAGGGAAGCACUAUUCUUCUAACUACCCGCAUGGUAAAUGUUGGUCGAAUAGUCCAACACUAUAACUCUUACACCCUCAAUCAACUGUCAGAUGAUUAUUGUUGGUCUAUUUUUGCGGACAAUGCAUCCUUUCCUAAAUCAAAUGGGAGCUCAGAACUGGAAGGAAUAGGUAGAAAGAUUGUCGAGAGGUGUGAUGGCUUGCCGUUAGCUGCAGAAACACUUGGACGCUUGUUGCGCUCAGAGCAUCGUGCUGAAGAAUGGAAUAAAAUACUAUCGAGUGACAUUUGGGAAUUUCCUCUGGCAAAUUGUAAGAUUGUUCCUGCAUUGUUAUUAAGUUACCAUCAUCUGCCUACUCAUUUGAAACGAUGCUUUGUUUAUUGUUCAUUGUAUCCCAAAGAUUAUAAACUUGAUAAAGAUGAAUUAAUAUUGCUGUGGAUGGCUGAAAACCUUUUACAACCACUAAGGAGGGGACAGACUUUAGAAGAAUUUGGUUGCGAGUGUUUUGACGUCUUGGUUUCAAGACUAUUCUUCAAGCAGGUCGAGAAUGAUGAUGAGAAGUAUUUUGUGAUGCACGAUCUUAUGCAUGACUUGGCAAUUUUUCUUGCUGGAAAAUUUUGUUGUAGACUAUCUGAAGAACUUGGUGAAAAGGAAGAAAUGAGUAUUCUAACUCGUCAUUUGUCAUACGGUGAUUCAAUCCCUGAGAAAACAUGCUCCUCUAAUAAAAUAGAAUCUUUGAGGACCUUACUGUAUACCAAUCAUAGAGCUGGUUUCUGGAAAGCACGCGCAACAUUACCAUGUGACAUAUUGUCAAAGAAUAAAUACCUGAGAGUUGUAUCCUUUGAUAUACUCCCUAUAUAUCCUGAUUCAAUAGCUAAAAAGUUGAUCCAACUGCGCUAUUUGGAUCUUUCUUGGAGUGAUAUUGAGGUAUUGCCGCCGUCAUUAUGCAACUUGUUUAAUCUACAAACUUUAAAGUUAGAAGGCUGUUCAAAUCUGACUUUGCUACCUAAUGGCAUGUAUAAUCUUGUGAAUUUGCGGCAUCUUAAUAUAAAGGGUACUCCUCUGAAAGAAAUGCCAAAAGGAAUGGGCAAAUUAAAACAGUUGCACAUUUUAAGCAAGUUUGUGGUGGGAAAGCAAGAAGACAAUGGAAUCCAAGAAUUAGGAGGGCUUUUAAAUCUUCAUGGAUCACUUGAGAUUCAGAAAUUGGAGAAUGUGGUUGAUGCCAAUGAGGCAAAGAGUGCAAGGAUAACAGAUAAGAAGCACAUUGAGGAGUUAUUGUUGAAAUGGUCUGUGUCUUCAGGUCAUAUGAUUUCAAACACACAUACUGAUGAAGAAGAUAUACUUGGGGGCUUGCAACCACACACUGGCUUGAAAAAGUUGAGUGUUGAUGGAUACAAAGGUAAAAUAUUUCCAGACUGGAUUGGGCAUUCCUUGUACCAAAACAUGACAAGUGUAUCUCUACAAUAUUGCUGGAAUUGCUGCGUGCUGCCUUCACUUGGACAGCUGCCUUCUCUUCAGUCCCUCCGCAUUCGAAGUUUUAGUCAGCUGAAGAGUGUUGGUAUGGAGUUUUACAAGAAUGAAGGUGAUCAACAUUCUUCGCCUAUUGCACCGUUUCCCUCACUGAAGAGUUUGCAGUUUGAUAAUAUGCCAAGUUGGGAGGAGUGGCACUUACUUGACUCAGAAGCCUUUCCUCAGCUUAAGAGCCUUCAAAUAACACAUUGUCCAAUGUUAAAGGGAGAUAUGCUUAAUCAGGUAUUAAUGAGAAUCAUUUCUUCCUCAUCGGAUGUUUCCAAAGUGCGCCUACUGGAAAUACAAGGUCGUGAAAUAUGGGAUAAAAAGAUGAGACUUGAUGGGGAUAGGUUAUCAAUUAUUGGAUUUGAAUGUGUGGUGGAGUGUGCAUUUAAGGCAAGGAUCAUCCACCAUCUAACUUCCCUCCAAGAAAUACAAAUCUCAGAGUGUUCAUCUGUUGUAUCCUUGGGGGGCAAUUGUUUACCCAAAUCUUUGCAAAAGCUCAAAAUCUCGUGGUGCGACCGAAUUGAAUUACUCCAGCAACAACACAAGUAUAAUUUGGUAGAUCUAAAAAUAUAUAAAAGUUGUUAUUCACUGACCUCAUUGUCAUUGGAUGCCUUUCCCAAUCUCCAGAAUCUCGAGAUAGUCAGCUGUUCAAAUCUGGAAUCAGUUUCAAUGUCAGAGCCACCACACGCUGCUCUUCAACGUCUCUCCAUCAAUUGGUGCGACAAAUUUGUGUCAUUUCCGGAAGAAGGACUGGCUACACCCAACUUAACUCAUCUCGAUGUUAGCAGGUGCUGGAAGUUGGAGGCAUUGCCACGUGGCAUGAAUACUCUUCUCCCAAAUUUAGAGUCUCUCGACAUAGCAGGUUGCCCAAACAUUUGCAGGUGGCCAGAGGGUGGUUUGUCGGCUAACCUGAAAAAGCUUAGGAUAGGAGAAUGCAAGGAACAAGUGAGAGGUCUAUCAUGGAUGGGCAACUUGGACAACCUCACUCAUCUCACCAUCUCAGAUUGUGAUGGCAGGGAGAGCAGAAUAAAGUCAUACCCAGAGGUGGGUUGGCUGCCUCGCCUUCCCUCCCUUACCACUCUACAUAUCCAAGUGUUUCAUAAUCUGGAGACAUUGGAGUGCAACGAGCUUCUCCGCCUCACCUCCCUCCAACAACUACACAUUUCAAACUGUCCAAAGCUGAAGAAUAUGGAAGGAGAAAAGCUGCCUUCCUCCCUCCAACAAUUACACAUUUCAUGGUGUGAGACUCUGGAGAAUAUUGCAGGAGAAAAGCUGCCUCCCUCUCUCUUACUACUUCAACUUGACGGCUGUGAUUUGCUGGGCGAACACUGCAAGAACAAGCAUCAACAAGUUUGGUCCAAAAUUUCCCACAUCCCCACCAUUAUAGUCGAUGAGAUAUAAAUUUCUGAGUAGAGAUUUCUGAGCACGUAGCUUGUGCACAUAUCGAGAUGUAAUCCUAUACAUUGGCUAUACAUCAUUUAAUUCUAAGUUCAUUUGAGGUGGUAACUAAGCUGGAUUCAUGUAUUGGGAAACAGAAACUGUGUUUUUUCUGAUUUCGGCUUCAAGUUAUUGAAAAGCAAAGACAUGAUGGAGAAAGUUGGUGGCACUCAUUAUUGAAAAGCUUUGGUUGUUGUUGGAAGUACAUAUUGAAGUUUGGUAACCAUAUCUAAAUUAUCAUCAUUCAAUCCAAAGUUCAUCAGAAAAGGUGCUCUGUAAUUUUAGCUUCAG